AUCCCAUACCCCCAUGAACCCAGAGUAUCCUUGCAAAUUAAAAGCCAAAGAGAAGGACCAAUGCUGACCUCUCAAUGCCAUGAAAAUACAGCAGCCACUCCCACUCACAAAAUUAGUAGAUAAGAAUUUUCAGACCUACAUCUAAGAUAAGAAGAAUGUUCAACCUCGUCUCCUGCACCAAACCUUUUUGUCUGAAUUCCAACAGAAAUACCAGAAAACAAUUUGUGAUUUCUCCAGCAUUUGCUAAGAAGAAGGAAUAUUCUCAAAAUUCAACUACACCAAAAAAGACCAUUUUCCCAUUGAAAUUCUUCAGCAGCAAGAAUCUCAUCAUUCAAUCUGGUAUUGGAGUUUUUGCAUUAGGAUUCAUCGAUGCUGGGUAUAGUGGAGACUGGUCAAGAAUUGGUGUGAUUUCGAGAGGGACAGAGGAUUUGCUCAAAGCUGCAGCAUUUUUAGUAGUUCCUUUAUGUAUUUUUCUUAUAUUUUUCUUGUUUGAGAAUGAUGGUUAUGAGGAAUGAGUAUGAUUAAGGAAAAUGUAUUAUAAUAUCGUUCAAGAAUUAUUUUUAGUUCAA